UGCAGAGUCAACCCAGCGAACAACAGCAGCACUUUGGCACUUUGUGCACAGUCACCCUUGUCUUUUUUUUUAAUGGCACUACUCUGCAUGCUUGACUUUGGCAAUGGGGGCAUGAUAAAGCCACUGAAUGGAGGUUCUGUUGAACGUGUUUAGCAGUGACUCAGGUGGGAGAAGAGAACUGGAUAUUUUUGCCUUUGGCACUUGUUGAACUUGUACAAAAUGAAGAAAUUCCUGCAGAACAAGAGAGGGAGAUACUCUUUACGUCAACAGAAGACUGGCUCUCGAUAUUCACCUAAAGAUUUCUUCCUCAGCAUGCCAACAUCUAACCAGGGCUGGCCAGAGGAGUUUGGCUUUCAGCUCGGGGGGAAUGGGCCCAGCUAUAUCCUUUCUGUGCAGGAGGGUAGCAGUGCUCACCUGUCAGGCCUGCAGCCUGGAGACCAGGUGUUGGAGAUUGAAGGGCAAGAUGUGUCCACUCUUGGCCCUCAGGCUCUAAUAGCGCUAGCCCAGAUGCAGAAGAACAUCCCACCCAGCAUCGGGGUGGUCUCCAGAAUCCAACAGAUGGAUAUCACCCCAGGCCCUGAUGGUCGCUUUGGCUUCACUAUAGUGGGAGACUGCCCCCUGCUGGUGGAGGACUGCUCUCCCUGCUCUCCAGCUGGCCGCAGUGGUCUGAGGGCAGGGGAUUAUGUUAUGGAGGUCAAUGGAAUCCCCGUGAAGCAGCAUGAGAUGGCUGCUGCCCUGAUAAAAGCAUCGCAGGGCCGCACGCUACGUCUGGGAGUGCUGUGUAUGGGCAGUCGGCAGAAACGCAGCAGUGGCAGCAUAGACGAGUGCCAGAAAGGCAACGAAGGCACGCGAUUGGACCGCAAACACAAAGCCCUAGAAUUCAACAAGAGGAUUGAGGAGGUGUUGGGGAACGAACCUGUGGUGAAAGAGAAGCUCUUUUCCGUGCUGAAGCAGUUUGCUGCUGAGAGAAAGGUGGAUUGGCUGGCCUCUGUUCUUCCUGACAUCCUGACCACUGAGGAGCAGCAACAGCUCAUUUCUAGCAUCAGGAUCUUCAUCCCCAAGAAGCACCGGCAGCGCUUUGAUGAGGCUAUCUCCCAGAGUCUCAUUAACCGAGUGUGCCGGAGCAGGAGUCUGAACGAACCAGGCCAGAGCCGCCUGCGCCGCAGCCGUAGCCAGGACCACCACGAGCGGGCGCAGAGCUCCAAACGGGCUAGUUCCGUCCCUCGGGACAGUGGGGAGGACCAGGAACGAGUGCAGAGGAAAAGCACCUCCGGAAUCCCCAGUAUCCCUCCGACCGGACCCAACCAAAGGAUCAUCCGUGUAUACAGAGGAAAAAAGAGCUUCGGGUUCACUCUGAGAGGCCAUGCUCCUGUUUGGAUUGAUUCUGUCAUUCCAGACAGCCCUGCGGAGGAGUGUGGUCUUAAACCAGGAGAUCGCAUUCUGUUUCUCAAUGGCCUGGAUAUGAGGAACUGCUCCCAUGAGAAAGUGGUGUCCAUGUUGCAAGGCAGCGGUGCCAAUCCCACUCUGGUGGUGGAAGAGGGUCCAGCAGUAUACCCCUCAUCAGACUCUGAGGCAGAGGAGACCCCCCCAAUGCCCCGCUCACGCUCCCCUGCUCUCAGCUCUCUGCAGUGGGUUGCAGAAAUCCUACCGCCCAGCAUUCGCGUACAUGGACGCACCUUCAGCCAGCAGCUGGAGCACCUCCUCACCCUGCAGGAGAGAUACACCAUCUGCAAGGCUCUGGAGACCUUCUUCCAGCAUAGGAAUGUGGACACACUCAUUGUGGAUGUGUUUCCUGUGCUGGACACCCCUGCCAAGCAGCUGAUCUGGGAGUUCAUAUACCAGCUUCUGACCUAUGAAGAGCAGGAACGCUGCAAAAGCAAGAUCUCACGCUUCCUCGGCUUCAAGGGAGCAGAGCCUGAACUUGGGCAAGAAAAUCACAGACGAAGCAGCUCCAUGAGAGUGAGCGGGACGUCCCACCGAAACAGCAUGAGAGAAAGAAGCUCAGAUGACUGUAUCAUUGGCACUCAUCUAGGAAUGGGUACUUUCACUGAGCCUCCAACUCCAGGAGAAAGACAGUGUGGGGAUGGGACCUCCUUCCCAGAGUCCCCUGAUUUGAAGCAUAUAUCAGGAGUGUACACAGAGUUGGAGAGUGCGUAUGCGGGGAAGAACAUCAAGUCUCUACAGAGUCACUCCUCACCUGGGACUGAGAGCAUGGGCCAUGCUGAGAGCCAUGCACUCACUCGCUCCUUCACACACGCUAACACAGGGACCCGUAAGUCAGGUCUAUCUUUGUCCUGGAAGGAGCCCUUCCCCAGCCCUGAGCUUUACCAGCAGACUGUCCCUUCUCCAGGAAGUGUGGACUCCAACCCCUACGUCAGCUUAGACAGUCCUCCUGCCUCCCCUCAGCACUUGGAGGAGGCCCCUAGCCCCCUGUCCCGCCGCAGGAAACUCUUCACUUUCUCCAGACCUCCCCGUAGCCGAGACACAGACAAGUUCUUAGACGCUCUGAGCGAACAGCUUGGCCACCGUGUCACCAUUGUGGAUGACUUCCUGGGAGGCGAGAACGACUAUGAGGAGAUGAGUUUCCAGGACGAUCAGGAGAACAUGUCCCAUCAGUUGAGCAGCGCCAGCAGUGAGGAUCACAGCAGCGAUGACUCAACAUCGGUGACCUAUUCAUCUGGAUCAGACCACAUCCCACCUCCUCCCCAGAGCCCUCCUCCUCCACCCCCACCACUCCAAUUCAUUGACCCACCCUCUCCUAUCUGCCUCACACCACAGCACCUGCCCCAGCCACCUCCUGCCUUCCAGAACCACCCUAUCAUCGCCCCUCCACCACCUCCACCCCGCUUCUUCCUGUCCAGCCGGCCAUCACUGCACAAGGUACUGCCUACACGUGAGGAGACCAGGUUCCAGCACCCACAGCCCCGGCAGACCUCUCCACAGCCUGCUGCUGUUCAGCCCACCCACCAGCUGGACCAUCCCAAAGCCCACCCCAUCCUGCAGUCCUCCACACGCACAUCCCCUCAGCCUUUACGUGUGUCACCCCGGCCUCCACUGAGGCACCAGGCCCAGUCCAUCUACCAGCGCCAGCAGAGCUCCGCCCCCAGGAGCUCACUCAUCCAGCCCAAAAUCCAAAGCCACUCCCCCCAGCCACCGCAUAAGGUCUAUGAGAGUACACGCUCCAACAAGAUACCACCACCACCACCCCCACCACCUCUGCCCCCACCCUGUGACCCCCCACCGCUCCCCAAACCCAGCCCUCAAGCUUCUGACACCAACCACAUGAGUGUUAAGAGACUCCGCUGGGAACAGGUUGAGAAUUCUGAAGGCACCAUUUGGGGACAGCUUGGAGAUGACCCUGAUUAUGGUAAAUUGAGUGACAUGGUCAAAUACCUCGAUUUGGAGCUGCACUUUGGCACACAAAGGAGUUCCAUCUCUCUUCCAGAGCCCACCUUUCUGCCUGAGAGCUUUAAAAAGAAAGACGUGGUCGAGAUUCUUUCUCAUAAAAAGGCCUACAACGCUUCUAUCCUCAUAGCCCACCUGAAGCUGUCCCCAGCAGAGUUGCGGCAGGCCCUCAUGACCAUGACCACGGAGCGUCUGGAGCCAUCACACAUCAAACAACUGCUGCUUUAUGCCCCUGAUGAUGAGGAGGUCAAACAGUUCCAACAGUAUGACCAGGACCCUUCCAAGCUCAGUGAACCUGACCAGUUUGUCCUACAGAUGUUGUUAGUGCCUGAGUAUAAAACCAGAUUACGGAGCCUACUUUUUAAGACCACCCUGCAGGAGAAGACUGAAGAAAUGCGAGCUGGCUAUGAAUGCAUCUACAAGGCUUCCUUAGAGCUGAAAAAUAGCAAGAAACUGGCAAAGAUCCUGGAGUUUGUUCUAGCAAUGGGAAAUUACCUCAAUAAUGGCCAGCCCAAGACAAACAAAACUACAGGCUUUAAAAUCAACUUUCUUACUGAGCUCAGUACAACAAAAACAGUUGAUGGGAAGUCAACUUUCCUCCAUAUUUUAGCCAAAUCAUUAUGCCAACACUUUCCUGAACUUCUGAGCUUUGCAGCAGACCUUAUAACAGUGCCACUUGCUGCCAAAGUCAAUCAAAGAACCAUUACAGCGGAUCUCAGUGAUCUCCAUUCCACCAUCCAGGAGAUCAGGACUGCCUGUCUGAAGAUUCCAGCCACAGCAGAGGAUCGUUUCGCAGCAGUUAUGAGUAGCUUCCUGGAAAACUCUCAUCCAGCUGUGCAGUCUCUGGACUCUCUGCAGCAGAGAGCCAUGGACGAGUUUGGCAAGGUAGCCUUGUACUUUGGAGAGGACAGCAAGGCCACCACCACUGAAGCCUUCUUUGGCAUCUUUGCAGAGUUCAUCUCUAAGUUUGAGAGAGCACUAAAUGAGACCCAGGCUACAGAAAACCCGAAAAGCCCUCGCAUCGCCUCACCCUUAGCCUGGUGAGAACAUGCCUUAUAAAUGCUGCUCUCCAGAAUCAAGAGCGUCUACGUGCCAAGACCUCUACAGGACAACAAUGGAAGCAAAGAACUUCUUAGUUUAAGUUUAUGACCUAGAUAUAUUAAAAGUUUACCUUGGACAUAAAGAAUAUAUAUAUUUUAUACAACUCUAUAGAGCCGUUUAAUCAAAAUGUCAAGUAUAUGAAAAUAGCUACUAUAAAUAAUUCUGAAUGAUAAAUAUAUUUGUUUUCAGAUUUCCAGCAGCAAAAGAGAAUGUAACGAGAAUGUGAGCACUUUAGGCUGAUAGUAUUGUGGUCGGCUGUUCUGUAUAAUUUAUUUUAAUGACCAAAAAAUGUACUAGUCUCAUGUGGGCAGACCACAACAGUGGAUGGGCGUCAAUCAUCGGCUGAUGUCUGAUGUACUUUAUCUACACUUUAGAAAGAGAUGUUUUAUUUCUGCUCAGCAUUGGUGUUGUCACAGUUGUUUUCCAAGACCAGAGUACACUCUUUUUGUGUGUGACUGCCACACUAGUGUUGGCAACGUGUGUGUGGUUCAGCUGAUCCAUGGUAAAGCUGUGCAUGAGAAGCUGCAGUACAUUUUAUGAAAUUGAUUGUCAUCUCUGAUUUCUCUUGCUGUGACAAUUCAAAGUUGAAUGAAAACGCAUAGGUACAAAUGUAGUCUCUAUGAAAUGGCACUGUGUUUACAUCCUGUCUGUUUCAUGUUUACAUGGUAAAAUUAUUAUGCAGCUUGGCUGACUAAAGGUCAACUUUCCAUUUGAAAUAUUGUUUUAGAUAGCAUUAUUAAAGUUCCUUCGGCCUGAUGUUUUGUGCUCACAACGGUUUAUCUGUAGCCUACUUAUUAAAUGCGAAUGCAUGAUUUUACUUAUUGCCUAUCCUUGUGUCAAAAACAACCAUUUUUUUUGUCGGUCCACCCUUUUGCAAGCCAGUGACAGUAUUCUAAGAGAUAAAAAUUUCAAAUUGCAUGUAGCACUGUGUUUAUUUCCAUUAGCAGAUUAGUAAUGUUAUGAUUCUUAAUGUAGGCCUACAUCCAUUUGUUUUCUUUCAUCAUUAAUAUUAAUUUAGCUGUGUUGAAAAAAUGAUUUGUGUGAGUAGCAGAGUAUUUCUUCCGGUGCAGUUCUAUUUCGGCUUUGAUUUCUAUGGGCCAUAUAUUGCUGCAUUUUAUUCAAUUGUUUAAUUUAUAUUGCCUGAAUAAACUAACCUACUGACAAUCAGAA